AUGUAUUGGUACCGCUUUGGCCUCGGCCUUCUGGGACUCGCCGGCCUAGCGAGAGCCCUUGAUCCUGUGGAGGUCAAAGGGAACAAGUUCUUCAAUAAGGAUGGGUCUCAGUUCUUCAUCAAAGGUGUUGCUUAUCAACUUCGUCCCGAGGAUCCUCUUGUCGACACAGACCAGUGCAACAGAGAUAUCGCUUUGAUGAAAGAUCUAGGAGUCAAUACCCUUCGAGUUUACCACGUCGAUGAGACAGCCAAACAUGACGGAUGCAUGAACGCUUUUGCCGAUGCAGGAAUCUAUUUGCUGAUUGACCUGGAUACGUUCGAUACGUAUGUUAUACCGCCGAACCAAUGCUGGAGCACAAGACAAUAUGACCGAUUCUCGAGUGUAAUGGACACCUUUCAGGCCUACCCGAAUGUUCUAGGCUUCUUCAUCGGCAAUGAGAAUAUCGCUAGAAAGGAGGACUCAGCCGGAGCGCCGUUUCUUAAAGCUGCCGCCCGAGACAUGAAAGCGUACCGAGAUAAGAAGGGCUACCGAAAGAUUCCCAUUGGAUAUUCAGCCGCAGACAUCAAAGAACUACGCCCAAUGUUGCAGGAAUAUCUAACCUGUGGAGGUAACGCAUCUGAGACGAUUGAAUUCUUUGGAAUCAAUUCGUACUCAUGGUGUGAUCCAAGUUCCUACGAGGAGUCGACUUACAACCAACUCCAAGAGCAGGCAAAGAACUUUCCCGUGCCUAUCUUUUUCACUGAAACGGGCUGCAACGUUCCUGGCCCAAGACUUUGGCAUGACCAGGACGCUAUUUUUGGGCCUCAGAUGGUCGGAGAUUGGAGUGGCGCUGUUGUUUAUGAAUGGAUUCAAGAGCAGAACAACUACGGAAUGAUAUCAUACGGCCCGCCGGUUGGAGACCCUACUCGAAAUGAUGAAACUGUAUUCGAUAACUGGUCUCGGAAAGGUACACCAACACCUGUCACGCCGGAUUAUUCCAAUCUCAAAGAGAAAUGGGCGAGUAUCAGGCCUACAGGUGUGAAGAGGGAUGACUAUGAUCCGAGCCAUGUGUCAACCAGACCUUGUCCGAGUUCAACAGAAGGGGGAUGGUGGCAAGUGCCUGGAAAUGUCAGACUUCCUGCAAUGGGGGAGACCAUGACAAGUCUGGCGGCGUCUCCGGGCCUAGUAAAGGGUGUGUCCAACAACGGAGGAUCACCAGCAGACGGUACUGGGGGCAUAACAUCCUUUCCAUCGGCGACAGAAGCUGCGAACGAAGGAGGGGGUUAUUCAUCUAUGAGUGCCUGUAGCCAAGCUGUUAUACUUGCAUUGACUAUGGUUGCUACUCUUGUACAACUAUUGUCUUAG